CUCAGGUCCAGCGCAGCUGAGGGUUCUCUUCCUGCACACGGCGCACGAGCGGAGGGACUCAAAGACCAUCACACAAGCCAACAUGAAGGUGGAAAUCCUCCCAGCACUCACAGACAACUACAUGUACCUCCUCAUCGAUGAGGAAACCAAGGAGGCAGCCAUAGUUGACCCUGUGCAGCCCCAGAAGGUUUUGGAUGCAGUGAAGAAGCACGGCGUGAAGCUCACCACUGUCCUCACCACCCACCAUCACUGGGACCAUGCAGGAGGCAAUGAGAAGCUUGUGAAGAUGGAGACAGGGCUGCACGUCUACGGGGGAGACAGCAGGGUCGGAGCUCUGACACAGAAAGUGUCUCACCUCACAGCUCUCAAGGUGGGAUCUCUUAAUGUGAAAUGCCUCUGUACGCCAUGUCACACUUCUGGACACAUCUGUUAUUAUGUGACUAAGCCAAAUAGCUCCGAGCCACCUGCAGUUUUUACAGGUGACACCCUGUUCGUGGCUGGGUGUGGCAAGUUCUUCGAGGGAACCCCAGAGGAGAUGUACAGAGCUCUGAUUGAGAUCCUGGGCAGUCUGGACCCAGAAACGAGAGUUUACUGUGGUCAUGAAUACACCAUAAACAAUCUCAAGUUUGCGCGACAUGUUGAACCCAACAAUCCCAGUAUCCAGGAGAAGCUUGCAUGGGCCAAGGCAGUGUAUGACACAGGAGAGCCCACCAUACCCUCUACCAUUGCAGAGGAGUUCACCUACAACCCCUUCAUGAGAGUGAGGGAGAAGACAGUCCAGCAGCACGCAGGGGAGACCGACCCUGUGCGAACCAUGGGAGCCAUCAGGAAAGAGAAGGACAACUUCCGAGUCCCCAAGGACUGAGCACUGCCUGCAUCACCUUAAUCUCAGUUUCAGUGUCACUUAGACUGUUCAGAUGUUUUUAGGAGUCAAACCUUUCUGUUGUGGUCGAGACAGUUACAUUUAGGGUUUUAUUUUGUUCUGAUUAAG